CUGGGCUGGGUGAUGAGAGCAGGCUUCCUCUUCCUGGGAGGACCCACACAACUUUCUCUCUCCGCUCAGACUCCACUGCAGACCCCGGGAGACCCUGCGUGUCCUAGAGGACAAUGUCUGGAACCGACGAUUUUUCGCUGGCGGAUGCCUUAGCAGAUACUACUCCUGCCAAGUCAAAGAAUGUAAGCAACCCAAAAGAUGGUCAGCAACCAGGUGGCUGGUCUGCAUCAAACCCUUGGGGCACAAAUCCAAGUGCUCCUUCUGCCCCUGGUUUCACACCAUAUGGACAAGGCCAAGCAGGAGGACCAUAUUCUAGUGGUGGAUCUGGAGCACCAUCUCAACCAUAUCCAUCCGGACCUCAGCCACAAGCUCCAACACAGCCAUAUCCAUCUGGAGCUCCAACACACCCAUAUCCAUCCGGACCUCAGCCACAAGCUCCAACACACCCAUAUCCAGCUGGAGCUCCAACACACCCAUAUCCAUCCGGACCUCAGCCACAAGCUCCAACACACCCAUAUCCAGCUGGACCUCAGCCUGGAGCACCAUCCCAACCAUAUGCAGCUGGACCUCAGCCUGGAGCACCAUCCCAACCAUAUGCAGCUGGACCUCAGCCUGGAGCACCAUCCCAACCAUAUGCAGCUGGAUCUCAGCCUGGAGCACCAUCCCAACCAUAUGCAGCUGGAUCUCAGCCUGGAGCACCAUCCCAACCAUAUGCAGCUGGAGCCCCAACACACCCAUAUCCAUCUGGACCUCAGCCUGGAGCACCAAGUGCACCUUCAGGUCCUGCUGGGCCUUAUCCAGGGGCUGCACCCGGUCAACAGCCUUCUGCACCAAAUGCCCCACAACCUGCUGGACCUACUGGACCCUAUCCAGGAGCCCCUGCAGGACAACAACCAAAUCCACCAAAUGCCCCAUACUCUUCUGGACCCUACCCAGGAGCGCCCACUGGGCCACAAGGAGCUCCAACUGGGCCCUAUCCUAAUGCACCUGGGCAAUAUCCUUCAGCUCAGUAUCCUUCUGGGCCUGCUGGAAUGCCAGGACCCUAUUCCAACCCUUCUGGGGCAUCAAGUCAACCAUAUCCAAGUGCACCAGGUCAAGGCCCCUCACCAGGUGGAUCUUAUCCUGCUCCUUAUGGUCAGUCAGGUCCUGCAGGAGCUGGCCAGGGCGGGCCUUGGGAUUCUAAUCCAUGGGGAUCUCAGAGUGGCCAGUAUCCAUCAAACCCAAAUAUGCCAUACCCAGCCUCCAGUCCAUUUCCAAAUCCUGGAGCUGCAUCAUCCAUACCAUGGGGUGCUGUGCCUCCAGGUCAGUGGGGGCCAUCUGCUCCAUUUCCUGGAGCUGGUGGAUCCUACCCUAAACCAGGCUCAUAUCCAUGAAGCUGUCUGUUCCAGUGGCUGACCCCAGAACCCACCCUAAUUUCCCAGAAUUAAAAAGAAAAGCUCCAAAGCCCCUCAUGAACCCAGGCCAUCGUACGACCUACACCAGAACUGAUCAGCCGAUAGAAAUCUGGAGGAUGUCUUCUAUACGCGGGUGACGCGGCCGCUCCUCCGGAUUCAUUAUACGGACAAUGUUUCGCUUUUUCUACCGAUACAAGGAAAUAUAUUUACACGCAGGUUAUGUGGAAGCCUCUUUUUGUAAUUUUUGUAUACUUUGUUCUUCUUUUGCCUCACAAGCAAUAUUCUUACCAGGGGAAUGUCACCUAAAUUCUGUAAAGUAUAACAUGGUGGGGGGGGGGUUCAAAAAAACGAUGCAAGAUGCCUUGGGUGCUGCUCGAAAUGAGCCCUUUCUGUUAUGUCUAUUUUGGACAAACUCUUUUCCUUAGGGAGCAUGCACACAAAUGUCUGUUCACUGGAUCCGCAAAAAAACGGAAAUGACUCCGUGUGCAUUCUGUUUCCUUAUGUCCGCACCGCCAAAAAAGAUUAUAUUAUAGAAUAUGCAGACAAGGAUAGGCAUUAUUACAACGGAUGCAAUACGGAUGUCACAUGGACGUCAUCCGUAUCUUUUUGCGGAUCUGUGUUUUGCCGACCACAAAAUACAUACUGUGGUGUGUAUGAGCCCCCCUAAGUAUAAGAAGAUUUCAUGGUGUCCUGCGCCACCACAGGGGAAAUAAAGCACUACGCAGCGCCCAUUGCAAUGAAUUAACAAUUGCGUAUCUAUUAGAUGGGGGGGGGGGGUCAUCCCCAGUAAUAUAGAAUACCGUAAUAUGGUAUUUGAGCGUAGGGUGUUCCAAUGCUCCCCCUGAUGGCAGAUUUCAGGGGAAAGAAGGAUUGGGCUGCUGAACUGCAGCAUGCCCAAUCGUUUUGUGAGCAAGGGAGAUAAUUUGCUGCCAGAGGAUUCUGGCAGCAGCUCAUAACCUUUCCCUUAAGGCUUGUUCACGCAAACGUAUGGGUUCCGCAAUUUGUGGUCCCCAAUGCACGGAGAACGUUCGUGAAGGCUCCGGGACGGAUCCAGACCCAUUCCGCAAAAAGAUAGAGCAAGUUCUAUCUUUUUGCGGAAUGAAAGUACGGAACCCCAUGGAAGCACUCCGUAGUGCUUCCGUAGCGUUCCGUACCUCUUGAUUUGCGGUCCCAUUGAAGUGAAUGGGUUCCGCAUCCGUAAUUGACACUGACAGUGUCCUUGUAUUGCGGAUCUGCAUAUGCGGUCCGCAAUAUGGAAAUGGAACACAUACAUUCGUGUGAACAAGCCCUUAAUGAGAAGACAUGCAUGCUCGGCUGAGGAAGGGGGGCGCCAGCUUUCUGAUGUGUAUGGCCGGCCUAAAAUUCAAAUUCUUCAUCUAUUAGCAAUAAAUUGGAAAUGCAGCAAAUCAAUGUAGGAUCAUCCCUUCACUUACAGCUGCAGAUGACUAAAAUGUAAAGUAGACGCUACAGGUGAUAUCUGGGGCAGGGGUACGAAGCAUCCAAAAAAAAUGGGUGCUAAGGAAAAUGGGGGGAUGGGAGUUUCAUAGUAUUGGACAAAACAAAUUUUGCUUGAGUAUUUUUCAGUGGUGCCAACUAUUUCCCUUCCCUCUAUAGGAAUUACAGGGGUUGAUUUAUAGCGCCGCUCAUUUCAAUGAGUUGUAUCUAGUAUUGUAGCAUUCACUUGAAUGGGCUGCAAUACCAGGUACGGCCACAAGAGGCGCUAUUUCUUUUUUUGUUAAUUUCGGAUGGCUCCUUUAACACAUGUACGGUUGUGAUGCCUGGUACUCUCCCCACGCCCAUAUAAAGAUAUAUAUAUUUUUUUUUUUUUCCUACAAUAUUUUACCUAAGAUCUUCUGUGGGUUGCUGGCAGGAUCACUUCUAUCACAAAUAAGUAUUUAUUGUGUGGUUGUCAGAGGUUUGCACGUUGUAUUAUACUAACCAGGGUGAUUUAUUGCUUAAUAUUCUUUAUAUAUUUCUGAAUUUAUUAUAUUUUUUUCUUUCUUUUUUUGGGAAUAGUUGUAGAAGAUUUCAGCAUUUAUGGCGUUUGCACUGAUUUUUGUAAUAGAAAUUCAAUAAAGAUGAGGAUAUCAGUGAAUUUUAAUAUAUAUAAUAAAGGUAUAAGAAUCUGGCAUGAAA